AUGGUAACAUCAUGCCUCAACGACGACACCUUCGGCCCCAUUGUUCGAGGCUGCCGUGAUGACUUCGACUUUACUCUUCGCUUUCAGCGCAUCAUAUUAGCCAUGGUUCCUGCUACCUUCUUUCUGGCGCUGUCUAUUCCGCGCGCCAUAUGGCUUUCGCAACAGCCGAGGUUUGUGUCUGGUGUCGCCUUCCAGUACGCCAAGUUGACAGCCAUUACAAUACUGGCUACUCUGCAAUUCGCGUUGCUGAAUCUUCAGACGGCGGCCCCAACCUCUAGCCUCGAUGGCUUCGCCAUUGCCUCAACAGCAGUCAACUUCCUUGUUGCGCUGUCUAUGCUUGCCCUGUCCUUCUUUGAGCAUUCCAGAGUCCCGCGCCCAUCGACACUACUCAUUCUGUACAUUCUGCUGCAGACGCUCUGCGAUGCCGUCCAGGUGCGAACAUCAUGGCUCAUGGCGAGCUCCGUUACCUCCAAGAUGAUUGCCCGUCUCUACACAGCAUCCGUCGUAACGAAGUUCGCCAUCCUCAUUGUCGAGACGAAGAGCAAAACUCGUUGGCUCCGUUGGAAGAUUGAUGAGCACAGCCCCGAAGAGACGAGUGAUGUGAUGAGUCUGACUGUCUACCUCUGGCUGAACAAGUUGUUCCGUUACGGCUACAGUCAUGUUCUGGCCAUCGACGACCUGUAUCCAUUGGACAAGGACAUUGACUCGGAUCUCCUCCAGCGAAAACUUGAAGCUGUGAUCGAGCGGUCGCGGCCCGGCAGGAAGCUUGGCUUGGCUCGAUCGCUUGCCAGAGCCCUGGCCAUCCCAUACAUCAUGCCCAUCGCACCCCGAAUCGCCUUGAUCGGGUUCAGCUUUAGUCAACCGCUUUUCAUCCGCGCCCUCCUAGAAUAUCUGCAGGAACCAAAUGCUCCUCGUAGCACGAGCUACGGCCUCAUCGGUGCCGCGGUGUUGAUCUAUGGUGGCGCGGCUUUCGCUCGAGCGCUACAAUGGUACUUCCAUAUGAGGGCUCAGCAAAUGGCCCGCGGUUGCUUGUCGGCCGCGAUCUACAAAAAGACAACCGAGGCCAAGCUCGCCAACGCUGGGGAGGCGGCGGCUGUCACACUGAUGAGUACUGAUACGGACCGCGUUAUCCAAGGCUUCCACCAGCUUCACGACUUUUGGGCCAGUCCUAUCGAGGUUGCAAUUGGAUGCUGGUUCUUACAGCGGGAGCUUGGCACAUCAUUCAUCGCCCCGAUUGUGCUCAUUGUGUUUUGUGCGAUCGGUACAUUUAUCGUCGGCAGGUUGUCAGGAGACCGACAGGUCAGAUGGAUGAGCCAGAUCCAGAAAAGAGUCGGGCUCACGGCUAACGUCAUUUCGAAUAUGAAGAGCCUGAAGAUCAGCGGCAUCACACUGCCGGUUGGUGAUUUCAUCCAGAAGAUGAGAGUGCACGAGAUGGAAACUGGCAACAAAUCCCGUUGGCUCAUUAUUUGGGCUGUUGUGGCUGCCAUGACGCCGGCGAUCCUGUCACCUGUUGCCGCUCUGGCCUUCACCACUCGCGAGCUCAACACGACGAACAUGUUUACGUCUAUUGCGUUCUUGAUCUUAUUGACUUCGCCUCUAUCUCAACUCUUCCAGGCUGUGCCGAUGAUGUUCGCCGGCCUGGCAAGCUUGAGUCGCAUCCAAGCAUUCAUCGAGGCUGAUGCGCGGGAAGACGUCAGACGCCACGAAACACCCAACAUACUCGAGAAGUCGUUUUCGGAUGAACCGUCUAACAGCGGUCUUGAAUACAACGAAAAGCCAUCAACCCCCGACGCCACAACCUCGAUUACCAUCCAGGAUGGAUUCUUCGGCUGGACGGAAGACCGGAUGAUCCUUAACCAUGUCAACGUUCGCUUCCCUGUGUCUCAACUUACCCUGGUCGUUGGGCCGACAGCUGCUGGCAAGUCAACCUUGUGUAAUGCGCUUUUAGGCGAGGUGCCUUUCUCGCGCGGGAACAUCAAGCUGCCCUUCGCUCACGCGGCCAUUGGGUACUGUGAGCAGGCUCCGUUCUUGUGGAACGGCACGAUCAAAGAGAACAUCAUGGGAUAUUCCAACUUCGACCAGCCUCGGUACGAAGAAGUCAUAGAAGCCUGUAUGCUUCUCCCAGACUUCACAAUACUUCCUCAGGGCGACGAAACCAACAUUGGAAGCAACGGCAUAGCGCUGAGUGGUGGGCAGAAGCAACGCGUCUCACUUGCUCGCGCACUCUAUCUCCAUUCAGACCUAAUUCUCUCUGACGAUAUCUUAAGCGGACUCGACAACGAUACCUCCAAUGAGGUUUUCCGUCGUGUAUUCGGUCCUAGUGGUGUUCUUCGCCGUCGGAACGCCACUGCGAUUCUGUGCACGCACUCGAUUCAUCAUCUUCCUCAAGCAGAUCACAUCAUAGCCCUUGACACGGGUGGUGUAAUCGUGGAGGAGGGUUCGUUCAAUGACCUCAUCCGCAAUCAGAAGUAUGUCGCCAACCUGAACGUUGCGGCGUCCUCGGAUGAAGAUGGCACGCAAGAGAGGGAUACAGCCGCCCCAACUUCCACUACUCCGGGACCAAAACGUCAAGUGCAGAACGCCGAACGAAGUCGAUCGGACGACCUUUCGCGAAAAACAGGGGACAUGAAGGUUUAUGGCCACUACAUGCGUUCGCUGAGCAAAUGGUCCCUGGUGGUGCUGGUCGCUUCGGCUGCCAUCCACGCUUUCGCCAACAGUAUGGCGACCGCAUGGCUGAAAUUUUGGUCCGAAGACACUUUCCACAGGCCUACCAGUUUCUAUCUGGGUAUCUUCGUCUGCGUUACCAUCAUUGUAUGGAUCACUACCCAGUCUGGCACAACUCUGCACCACCAGGCGAUUGACACAGUUGUUCAUGCACCAUUGAGCUUCUUCACAACUACGGAUAUGGGCAUAGUAACAAACCUGUUCUCCCAGGACAUGACUCUCAUCGAUGGCGAGCUUCCGCUGGCAUUGCUCAAUACGGUUAUCGAUAUCUUCCAGGUCAUGGGUAUGGCUGCUGUUGUGGGAACCGCAUCGCCAUAUCUUGCAAUCAGCUAUCCCAUAUUUGCAGUUGUGCUAUGGGUGAUCCAAAGGUUCUACCUGCGCACAUCGCGACAGCUUCGGCUGCUCGACCUAGAAGCAAAGAGUCCACUUUACACCCACUAUCUUGACACAAUCAAGGGAAUCAGCACAUUUCGAGCUUUCGGCUGGAUGGCCGACCAUGUGACGCAUAAUCAGCAGUUGCUGAACACUUCGCAACGACCAUCAUACCUUCUCGCCAUGAUACAGCGAUGGCUCAGUCUCACCAUGGAGAUCCUUGUUGCCAUUGUUGCCAUCAUUAUCGUGUCAUUGGCCACACAGACAGGGGGCAAUUCAGGGUUCACAGGUGCAUCUCUGGUGACAUUGAUGUCGCUGAGUGAUGUGAUCACCUGGCUCAUCCGUAACUACACGUUGCUGGAGACCUCAAUUGGCGCCGUCUCGCGAAUCAAGAGCUUUUCGGAAUCAGUUGUGUCCGAGAAGCGCGAAAAUGAAGACCACCAACCUCCCGUGGAGUGGCCUCAAGCUGGCACUAUUGAACUCCGAGAUGUCUCAGCAUCCUACAAAGUCAGUGCCGGAGACAUUGAGCAAGAGAUUUCUUCACAGAGCAAUCUUGCCCUGAAGAACGUUACUCUGUCUAUCGAGGCCGGUAGGAAGGUCGUCUUGUGUGGCAGAAGCGGCAGUGGAAAGUCGUCCCUUAUUCUUGUGCUUCUUCGGCUACUCGACCCUUUGUCAUCUUGUUCCCAGAACAUGAAGAUCGACGACAUCCCCUUCCACUCCAUCGAUAGGGAUGCGCUCCGCCGUCGUAUCAUCGCAGUGCCACAGGACGCCGUCUUUCUUCCCAGUGGUAGCAGCGUCAAGGACAACCUCGACCCUUUUAACGUCGCAACUGAUCUUGAAUGCCGGGAGGUUCUCGAUACCGUGCUGCUUAGCGGCUUCCUGGCGGAGAUGAACGACGAUGUCCACAGUGGGAUGAGCAGCGAUAGCCUCAGUGCGGGUCAAAGACAGCUCUUCAGCCUUGGAAGGGCUAUCUUGAGACGACGGGUAAAGGACCGGAGCUUAGGAGGACGUCGUGGUGGCAUACUUCUCUUAGAUGAGGUGAGCUCGAAUGUGGAUCGAGAGACUGAUCGCACUAUGCAAGGGAUCAUCAGGGAAGAGUUCAAGGAGUAUACCAUCAUCAUGGUCUCGCAUCGUCUGGACAUGGUCAUGGACUUCUUUGAUGACGUUGUCGUUAUUGAUAAGGGGGAGGUUGUCGAGACGGGCAAUCCACGGGCCUUGGCCACCCUCGAGGGCAGUCGGUUUGGGCAGCUAUGGGCAUUCGAAAAUCGAGGUCGGAACUGA